UUGUUGGAGUUUAGACAAGCGGAGGGAGCAAAAUGGCGGACGAAGAUAUUACGCUUGAUGGGAAACCUCUACAAUCGCUCCGAGUUGCGGAUUUGAAAGCCGCUCUGGAGCAGAGAAACCUUCCAAAAAGCGGCCAGAAAAACACACUCAUCAAGCGACUGAAAGGGGCUCUGAUGCUGGAAAACCUACAGAAGUCAUCUUCCUCCCACAGUGGGCUGCAGCCCAACUCUCAGAUAGGGGAGGAGAUGUGCCAGAACAGCUUCAUAAAACAGUACCUGGCCAAGCAGCAGGAGCUCCUUCGCCAGAGACUUGAGAGAGAGGCCCAGCAAGAGGAAGAGGCUGAUGAAAGCCCAGCAGUGCCAGAGGAGGACGAAGAGCACUCGGAGGACAAUGACAGCUCUUCCUAUGUCCCUGACAAGCAGCAUUGCGCUAUACCCUCUCAGCCCGCACUGACCAGGGCAGAGGAGAGAGGAGGAACUUCAGUGGUGGGUCAUGGGAUGAUGGCAUACAGUGCUGACAUGGGCCCCGGUCCUACCCUCCACUGCCAGGAGUCCCCUGAGGCUCCAGGAGCUAGGAUGCAGCGAGCCAUAGGACAUAAGGAGCCACCAGCCCCCUCUCCUCCCCGCGCUGUAGCCUCCCUGUCAGUGCGUGUCCUGGGUAAGCCUGACCGCCAGGGUGUGCCCCCUGCCGUGCCCCGAGCCCAGGAGAAGGAGGGCACCGCACCGAGUGAGCCGGGAUCAGCUCAUCCUGUCCUCCACCUUAGCAGAUCUGCUGGGGUAUCAGCAGGAGGCAAUGUCCAUAAGGAUAGUGACGAAGAUGACGGUGAUGAUGAGAGUGAGGAUGAUGAGGAUUGGGGGCCUGGUCCUGGCACAGCACACCGGGGCAACAGAGUCCCUCCCCAGCCGCAGCAGAUGCCCCCCAGUGUCCCAUCGGCAGGUGGACGAUCCAAACGCAAGCUUCAACCGCCGCAGCACAUCCCACCACCACAGGUACACCACACCCCCAUGCAGCUGCGCCAUCCCACGCCUCCUCCUUCUCCACCCCCUGACCUGUUCCCCCUUCCUGAUACUCCCAAGCAGAGCCCACCAGACCCAGACGACCAGGAGGGAAAUGGCCCUGAGCCUGCACGCGGUCCAAGGGGAGCGUCGUUCCAACCUCCCACCAUGCAAGGGCAAGACUCUGACUCGAGCUCUCGUUCCAGCAGUCCUGAGCCCCCUGUGAAGAGCAGGCGAGGACCGCUUUCUCUGCUUGCACACAAGAUGGAGUCCGAGGGGGCUUUCCGUGCAGUGGAGCCCAUGUCAUCUGCGGGAAUGUCAGGAGAUGCAGCACACUCUACUGCUGGGUCUUCCAGUGAAUCUCCGCUGCAAAGACUGGAGAGAAAGAGGCAACAAGAGAACAGAGAGAUGGAGGAAGAGAGGCAGCUGAAGGAGGAGAAGGAAAGAGAAAGACGAAAAUCACAAGAACUGGAGAGAGAGAAGAAACGCUUGGAAGAAGAGAAGGAAAAGGAGAGAAAACGACAGGAAGAGAAGGAGAAACAGCGUCAGAAAGAGGAGCAAGAAAAGGAGAGAAAACGUCAGGAAGACGAAAAAGAAAAAGAGAGAAAACGUCAGGAUGACGAGAAGAGAAGAGAGGAGAAACGGCUUAAGGAGGAGCAGGACAAGAGGCAGCAGACAGCCAUCAAAGACAAGGUGGUUGUGACUGAGGCACAAGAUUCAGGUUCCUCAUCAGAUUCUGACUCCAAAUCAGACUCCUCUUCACGCUCAUCACAAUCAUCCUCCUCCUCUCGGGACAAACCUUGCCCUGCCAGGCAGCUGAAGAAGGUAGACCAAGGACAAGAGGCAGAGGAAGAGAAAAAGACUAACCUGGGUAAAGGGGCAGAGAAACGAUUCCUCUCAAAAAGGGAGGUGUCUGAGCCCAGCGCAGCCGCCGUGACAGAGGUGGAACCGGACUCGGAGAGCUCCAUGGCCCAGCAGCCGGCCUCCGGGGCUGAGCCAGAGAACAACGAGAACCGUCUGGAGGAGAGCACCACUCCUAAGGCUUUUGCUGCUCGCAAGAUAUCCUUGACCAGUAGUAAAACUUCUCCAGCCACCACAGAUGGAGGAGCAGGAGAGCCUGAAACGGGAACUGCAGCAGGGAGGAAGAGGCGGUGGGGCUCCAGCACAGCAGUUACUGCUAAGAAACCAUCGAUCAGCAUCACUACCGACUCACUGAAGUCUUUGAUCCCAGACAUCAAAGUAAACCAGGAGGCAGUGGUAGAGCUUCACCCAGAGGAGCUGCAACUGUCUGGGGACGAGGAGAACCUGGACACCAGCCGCGGUGACCAGGACAAAGGACUCAAGAUCCGACGCACCGUCACACAGGUCGUCCCAGGUGACAGUCAGGAAAAUGGCCAGGCAAAUGAAGAGGAGGAGGUGGAGCAAACGGAGAGAGAAAAACAGCGCAGGACUUCCAGAGACAAAAGGAAGAACAGUCUUUCUGAGGAAGCCUCGGACACACAGACACCUGUCAAGCUUGAUGGAGAUGCAAAGAAAGUUACCCCGAGCGACAGUCUGGUGCGUCGCUCCAUCAGUCAACAGAAGUCUGGUGUGUCCGUCACCAUCGACGACCCCGUCCGCACAACUAGGCAGGCCUCGCCACCUCGUGGCAAAGUCUCCAAUAUCAUCCAUGUGACCAACCUGGUACGACCCUUCACUCUGGGCCAGCUGAAAGAGCUGCUGAACCGGACAGGUACCGUGGUGGAAGACGGGUUCUGGAUCGACAAGAUCAAGUCUCACUGCUUUGUCACAUACGCUACCACAGAGGAAGCUGUCGCCACCAGAGCUGCCAUCCAUGGGGUCAAAUGGCCUCUGAGCAAUCCCAAGGUCCUCAGUGUGGACUUCUGUGAGCAGGAUGAGCUGGACUUUCAUAAAGGUAUCCAGAAGCCAGAAAAGGAGGAGGACCAUGUUGUCCAACCAGUUGGUCCUCAGACCCGUCUGCCCCCUUUGAUGCCCGAGCGAGACAGGGACAGAGAAAGAGACCGCGAGAGGGACAGGGACAGAGACAGGGAGCGCGAACGAGACCGGGAAAGGGACCGAGGCGUGGGAGGAGUGCGUGACCUGUGGGCAGAGCGGGAGAGAGAGAUGGAGCGCCGGGAGCGUGCCCGCGGCGAACGGGAAUGGGACCGGGAUAAGGUCCGGGAGUUUGCAAGACCAGGAGAGGACGGACGACGAUCCCGAUCCAGAGAGAGAGAGCGGAGGAGGAGGGAGAGGGGAAAGAGCAAGGAGAGAAAGACGGAUAAGAAGGAGAAGGGAGAUGAGCCUCCGGCCAAACUCCUAGACGACUUGUUCCUCAAGACCAAAGCGGCUCCAUGUAUAUACUGGCUUCCCCUCACUGAGGAGCAGGCGGUGCAGAGGCUUCUGGACCGCACAGAGCGACAGAAGGAGCGUGAGCGAAGGCGCAAGGAACAGCAAGAGGAGGAGGACAAGAAGCGGGAAGAGGAGAAGAAGGAGAGGCUCAAGGGCCGGGAGAAGGACGGCGGCGUAGCUGUGAGCGCUGGAGCCGCCGGGCGAGGAGCUGAAGGAGACAGAGAGAGGGACCGCGGCCGAGACAGAGAGGGGGACAAGAAGAGGGACAGCGGUCACCGGCCCAGACGACCCUCGGCAGGCGCUGGCAGUGGACGGAGGUCUCGUAGCCGUAGCAACCCCAGGGACAGACGCCGCUGAGGGGUGGGCAGCUGCAGGGAAAGCUGAAAAGAGAGUAGGGAAGCAGUGUAGCAAAGGAACCGGCAGACAGGAAGUCUUGGGAGGGGGGAGUUUCCACUCGGUGAAGCAUUUCUCUUGCCUGAAAUUCAGGACUUGUGUCUGCUCCUCACUACCUGCCCCACCGUGCUUUAAUUCGUCCACUCUGACGCCAGCGUUGUCUUCCACACACUUCUGCCAUUUCCCCACCUCCUUAAUGUCAAUUCACACAGAAAAUGUUGAUUACAUGUUUGGUUUAUAGUAAAAUAAUGGUUCAGCCAGCUUCACUCCCCAGUCUUCUUUUCUCUUUCCGUCUUCCAGAAGCAAAAUUCAGCCCCCCUACCCGUAGUUAUGAGCAGCUUUCCUCCUUGUCUCUGUGUAGUGUUGUUAAUUAUCCUCCGUUGAAGAAAAGAAGCAGGGAGGGCGGUGGUUUUUUGGCUCGCCUCAGCAUUUUGUCCCACUGAGGUUUGGGAGCCUGCCUCUUUAUUUUAGUUCUGUGGGUGCACAGUUCCUUCCUCCUCAGAGCCCUGUAAUAAAACCAGUCCAAAAUAGAUCCCUGACCUUCAAAUAUUUUCUAGGAUCAGUUUUAGUGCUCCACUCUUCAGCACUAAGAUUUUUUUUUUUUAUAUAUAUAUAUUCGACUAGGUUCACAAGCCGUCAUGUUAUUUUUUGUUGAAGUUUUAUGGAUCAUGUUUAUUUUUUCUGCCUUGGAGGCUUGUUCUGUGUUACAGCAGGUGAUGUUUGUGUGAGCGUUAACCUUCACCUCCCACAAAGGUACAACUGGUACUGAAGUCUCAACACUGUAACCUAGAAAAGCGCGAUAGGAAGAGAAGUGGUAUUAAAUGUUGUGGUGAUGCGAGAGACAUGUAAAUGCCCAAGUUUGUCUUAGGUGGAUUAUUUACAAGGGGCAUGAAAUUCUAGUGAAGCGGAGAUUUAUUCUGUAACAAUUACAGGAAGCUGACCUUCCCUGCACUGAAGUCUCCAGUUGGUAAUCCCUCCUAUGACCUUUCAAUCAUAUAUAUUUAAGAGGAGGCAAAAAGGUUUAUCUUCAAAUAGAGUAAUGGUUACAAUUUUAAUAUUUUUAAUUUUAUGUUUUUAGUUCGAAACAGUUUGAUUCUGUUGCUUUUUCUCCUUCUGCAAGUGCUGAAUGUACCGAGAAUUUAAAAACUGAAUAAAUUUAAAAUUGGUUAUCA